AUGAAGCCUGUCGUGUCGGUAUUAAAUGCGUGGUCCUGCGUGGUCAUCUCUCUUUUCGCCAUUGUCAUCCUUUCAGUCCUCGGGUCAUUAUACAAGAGGGAACACCAUGGAUUUACCGGCUCUGAAGGUGAACCGGAGGAUGGCUCUGCAGUUGCAGCCUCGCUUUUCACGGCCGUCGUGGUCUACGUUGCUUUCUUCGUGUUCUGCGCCUUCCAAGCCUACCUCCACAUGCGGAGUAACAGGGGAGGGGCCAUAUCCCUGAACUAG